AUGGAGUCUGCUACAGUUUCAUCCAGUGCCAAAAUUGAUAAGCCUCUUCAUGUUGUCAUGUUCCCAUGGCUAGCUAUGGGUCACAUAUACCCAUGCUUCGAGGUUUCUAAGAUUCUUGGACAAAAGGGUCACUAUGUAACCCUCAUAUCCACCCCAAGAAUCAUAGAUCGCCUCCCUAAACUCCCACAAAGCUUGUCACCAUUUGUUAAACUAACCAAAUUGCCCAUAACACCCCACGUAGACAGAAACCAUCUCCCUGAAGAUGCAGAGUCCACUAUGGACAUUCCUUCCAACAAACUCUAUUACCUCAAGUUGGCCUAUGAUUGUCUCCAAGAUUCUGUAGCUGAGAUACUAAAAGCUUCAAAUCCUGAUUGGGUUUUCUUUGAUUUUGCAGCUAGCUGGUUACCACAGCUAGCUAGGAGCCUCCACAUUCCCUGUGCCUAUUUCAGUCCAUGCCCUGCAUGGAGCAUAUGCUUCUUUGACACACCCAAAGAACAAUUGGGUGAUGCUGCUGCAAAUAGAACAAAGCCUGAAGAUUACUAUGGCCCACCCAAGUGGAUUUCUUUCCCUACAAAGAUUGGUCUAAGACCUUACGAGGUUAUUAAGUUGUUUGAAGAUGUCAAAGUUAAUGAGACAGGAGCUUCACCUGUUUUUGAUCUCAACAAAGCAAAUUCUAGUUGUGACAUGUUUGUUAUCAGAAGCUCCAGAGAUCUUGAACCAGAAUGGUUAGAUUAUCUUGCUGAGUUUUACAACAAGCCUGUGAUUCCCGUUGGAUUGCUUCCCCCAUCAACGCAGAUAAGAGAUUCUGAUGAGGAAAACAAUAGCCCUGAUUGGCUUCAAAUCAAAGCAUGGUUAGACACACAACAAGGGUCAACAGUGGUGUACAUUGCAUUUGGGAGUGAGGUGAAACUAAGCCAAGAAAACCUCAAUGAAUUGUCUCUUGGCAUUGAGCUUUCAGGGUUGCCUUUCUUUUGGGUUUUGAGGAACCUCAAGAAGGGUUCAGUUGAGUUACCAUAUGGUUUUGAAGAUAGGACCAAAGAUCGUGGGGUUGUUUGGAAAGCUUGGGCACCCCAAACUAAGAUCUUAGCUCAUGGCUCAGUUGGUGGUUGCUUGACUCACUGUGGUUCUGGUUCAAUGAUAGAAAAUCUCCAUUUUGGACAUGUUCUUAUUAUGCUGCCCUUCUUACUAGACCAAGCUUUAUAUUCAAGAGUAAUGGAAGAGAAGAAAGUUGGAAUUGAAAUACAAAGGAACGAGCAAGACGGGUCUUUUACAAGGAGCUCAGUGACCAAGGCAUUGAGAUUGGCAAUGGUGGAUGAGGAGGGAAGUGCUUACAGGAAGAAUGCUAAAGAGAUGGGCAAGAAAUUCAGUAACAAAGAGCUCCAUAACCAAUACAUCGAAGACUUCAUUGCUUCCCUUCACAAUCACAAGUAUAUAUAUAAUAGAGAUUAA